AUCUACAUAUAUCUAAAUAAUUUCAGAUUUAUAAUCUCCAGUGUAUUCGAAACAUUAUAAUUGUUAUAUAACAUGUUGAAGCUGGGAUUCAUUACCUUAGCAACAUUUAGUCUGGUGUCUCCCAAAAUGUAUCUGAUAGAGACCAAAGAACAAGCUUCUUUAGCUGCUCCUUCAAUCCCAGCAGCAACUCCAGCUUCUUCAUACCAAGCAGCCACACAAGCUGCUACAAUUCCGGCAGCUCCAAAAGCUACUGCCUCUCCUUAUGAAACAGCUUCAAAAAAACCUGAUGGGAGUGAUUAUGCAGACUCACUGAGUAAAGAGGAUUCAGGUGCGGAUGACAGCGAUGACUAUAUUUGUGAAGAGGAUGAAGAGGAUGAAGAAGGAUUGGAUGCUGAAUAAAAAUAAUUGAAUUUUGUUUUAAAAUACAGAAAAAAU